AUGCAUACCGCUGCUCUCUUCCUUGCUCUCUCCCUCUCUGCCCAUGCGGUGCCUGUCUUCAACGCUCGUGGGAACGACACUGUCGAGCGUAGAGAAGAAGGUCCCUACAAAGUCGUGAAUGUUGCGGGUCCUACUACUCCCGUUGUCGAGACCAUCACUGCGACCAACCCUCCGGCACCGCCUACCACUAUUACUGUCACUGAGUACCCUUCGUCCACACCAGCUUCCGUGUCUGGCGCUUCUCCCUCACCUUGGAAUGCCGGACCUAACGUGGGUGGUGCUCCGCUGGGUCGCCGCGACACCAACAGCAGUGCAAGCGCCCUGAGCCGACGUGCGAUGUUUGAGGAGACUGCCCCUACCAACAAUACUGCCAGCCGACGUGGAAUUCUUGACGAUGCUAGCAACAGCACCCUGAGCCGACGUGCGAUGUUUGAGGAGACUGCCCCUACCAACAGUACCGCGAGUCGACGUGGAAUCCUUGACGAUGCUAGUAACAGCACUCUGAGCCGGCGUGUUCUCAUGAAGGAUGAUGCCCCUACCAACGGCACUCUGAGCCGCCGUGCGAUGUUUGAGGAUGCCCCUACCAACAGCACCGAAAAGCAUGCAAUUGUCGCUCGCAGCAACACCACUUCGGAAGUUUUGGCCCGUAGCUUGAACGAGACAGCGGUGCAGACUCGGCAGCUCAAGGAUGCCCUUGUUUCCGAGCAUCACAAUGCCAGCGAUGUUAGUGGCAAGUUCGGGGUAAUGGCCCGGGAUACUCAGAAGCCCGAGAACGCCACUGAUAUUGGCAGCAAGGUCGCCAUUCGCGCCCGGAAUGAUACAGUUUUGCAGACACGGGCAUUCAAUGACACCCCCUCUGACACCGCCGUCAUGUCUUCCAGGCCUCAAGCCAGGGGUCUGAACCAAACAGACUCUCAGGCGUAAAGUCAUCUUCAGGGGUCAAUGUGUCGCUUACCCAGGUCUUGCCAUAUCGUUCUGGAGGUUGGAAAUUGGGUUGCCAACGACUGGUAUGAAACACGUUUCAUGAAUUUGAUGGAUAAUGAGCAUGUGCUUCUUUCACGAUUUCGGUUUUUUGCAUCGUCACGACAAGUCAUGACUGCUCAUGGUGGGGGUGGGGAUAUGGUCAUGAUAGCAUGCAUCUAUAGGGGCGUUUUGUUCUGAUUUCUUUUUCCUUCUUUCCAUUGCUUUUGUGUUUUUUUCUUAUGAUUCUCUGGCGGUUUCAUGCUCUCUUGUGGGAAAGGUUUUGGUUGAUUCGAUAAGAGGUAGCGAUUGCUUUCGUUGCGAUUUCGGGUUCGUACUAGGUCUAGAUUGUGGUUGGGUUAUUUCAG